UAAAUAAAUAAAACUCUGCACGCACAAACGAAGCUAAAAAAAUAUGUCUGAGACAAUGCCACGUGAGUACGAGGACGUACGCAUCUCUGUGCCCUGGGGCCACAUUGCUGGUCGCUGGUAUGGCGAACGUAACCUACGUCCAAUACUCGCCAUACACGGCUGGCUCGACAAUCUCGGCACUUGGGACACUCUCAUACCGUUGCUACCGCAGCACAUUGGCAUAUUCUGCAUAGAUCUACCCGGUCACGGCUGCUCUUCACAUUACCCCAAAGGCAUACCGUAUCAUGGCAUCGACUAUGUAAAUGUGAUUAUACGUGUAAUGAAGGAAUAUAAGUGGCAAAAGGUCUCGCUGCUGGCACAUUCACUCGGUUCGAUAGUCUGCUUUACCUACGCUUCGCUUUAUCCACGCACAGUAGACAUGCUAAUAGCCGUGGAUGCAAUUAAAGGCAUCAACCUGCCACCAGAGUAUCAGUUGAAGCUAUUACGCACAAGUGCCGAGAAAACAUUAGUGGAGGAUGAACGUACGGAGAAGUCGAUAAUGUACGAGCCACCUUCGUAUACGUACGAACAAUUAAAGCAAGUGUUAUACGAGGGCUCAAAUAGAUCGGUUGAUAUUGAUAACUGUAAAUACCUGUUAAAUCGUAAUGUCACGAAAUCUAUAAAAUUCCCUGAAAAAUAUUUUUUCUCACGUGAUGGCCGCUUAAAAUAUUAUAUUCCCUUACCAACGCAGCCUGCGCUGAUCUUGGAAAUGGCAAAGCGCAUCAAAAAUGUGCCGUAUUUGGUAAUAAAAGGCUCGUUAUCGAAUUUCAUUGGUGAGGAUUCGAAUGAAGUGAUUGCGGUGCUGCGUCAGAAUAAUCGACAUUUUGAAUUUCACGAAAUCGACGGGACUCAUCAUGUGCAUUUGAACAAUGCGGCGGAAUGUGCAGCUGUGAUAAAUCCAUUUAUAAAUGCCCACCGGCCGGCCAUGCCGAAUACUUGGGCCGUUGAUGAUGACGACGGUGUGGCGAAGAAGCGUAAUAGAAAUGGCGCCCGGGAACGCUUUCGUUGGCUUAGAAGUAAGCUGUAGUCGCUAAGGAAUAUUAUAAUUAAAGAGAGAAACUAAAAGUAUUUUUUUUGUGAGUGUUUGUAAA